GUAGAGCUAAUGUUUUGAUGUGUUUGGAGUCAGAGGAAUAGAGAGUAUGCCCAUGUGAUCUGGAUUCACAUUGACCUGAGAUUCAAAUUACCUCAUCCAGUCUUAGCACUUGCCAUCGCAUUGGUGUUUGCUCCUGUGUGUCUGUGUGUGUAUGUGUGUGUAUUUGAGUUACACAGCCCAAUUUGCUACCGCACAAAGCAGCUCUGUCUCCUCCUGUUUUCCUUGGCUAACCCACCCCACAAAUCUCAGAGCCACGCAUUCCAAGUCGGGUACACAGUCAGGCGCACUUGAAAUCCUCUAUGCAGGUUGACACCGCUAUCCUGAUUCUUGAUGGAUAGGCGAAGACCAUGGCACAACUAAUGCUUUAAAACAACGUCAACAACAGAAAUGUGUAGGCGGAUACAUUAUGCCUAUCGGCGGGGUGUUAAGAUAGCCGGAUGUGUGUCCAGGAGGUGAUUUAGAAGAACCAAGCAAACAUGAAAGAGAGGAAAGGGUUUGUGGUUUUGGCAGCCGUCGCUCAAGAAUUUGGCUGCAAACGUACAGGGUUGGGGCUGGGGGGAUGGAGGAACACUGGCACGAAGAGAGCUGAGAGAAAAGCUGAAGCUUUGGGCUCUCACAAGUUCGUCCACACGGCUGCUCCUGGGGCGAGUGCAGAAGCAUGAUCUGCCUGUCAGUGUGGUUGUGGUGGGCCUGGCUGAGGGGUUCUUGUCUAACAGAAGAAACGGGUCUGGUUAUACUGGGUCAAGGCCAGCCAUGUGGAGGGGACAUAGAGGGAGUGUGUGGAGCUAAUCUCACAUGUGUGACUCUGGAGCCCUAUGAUGUGGAAGACGCUUCUGGCAUGGGAGUAUGUAGGAUGCCACUGGACACGGACUGUGUCCCCUGUGCCAGCGUGCAGUGUCCUCCCACCACACAUGGCUGCCCCGGUGGGCAUGUGACAGAGCCGUGUGGCUGCUGCCCACAGUGUGCCCGCCAGCAGGGACAGUUGUGUGGCGGCCCACACUGGAGCAGAGGCUACUGCGACCGAGACCUCACCUGCUCCCAGCUCACUGGCCUCCUGCCUACCACACCCCCACAGACUGGAGUCUGCAAAGUGCUUCCAGGGUAUCAGACUGACUACCUUGCGGACCCGUUGUGCCCGUGGGUGACAGGCUGCAAUGUGAGGGCCGGGGCCUGUGACUGCUACUCCAUCCAGACCUGCCACUUGGCUUUUUCCUAUCAAAGCCUGGAGGACUGCCUCAAGGUCAUGGAAGGAGAUGAAUACUACUGGAGUGAUGAAGAGGAGGGUGAGGAGAUGGAGGACGAGGAUGAUGAGGAUGAUGAUGAUGAGGAUGAUGAAGACUGUACGGAAUGGAGCUGUGAGGUACAGGAGGGCCUGUGUGUGUGUGGAGAGAGGAGCUGUGAUCCUCAAAGUCAUCCGCUCUCUGAAGAUGCAUGUCAGGAUCUUCUGGUGCAAGCUAACUGCAGCAAUGUCACUUGCCCUGAAGUUCCAGUUCCCUCCUGCCCGGAAGAUUCAAUAUUAACAGAGCCCUUCACUCUGCCUGGCAGCUGCUGCCCCCUAGUGCCCUCUAUGUGCACUUGCCAGUUUGAGAACUGCACAUCAACCUUUCCCACAUGCCCCCAUGGUCAGCAAAUUGAGCAGAUUGUCAAGUCAAAUGGGCUUCCUGGUUCUUGCUGUGACAUAUAUUUAUGCGCAGGUUCUGAAAAAGAACCACACGACUCAUGAGGAGCUUGCAUUAGAUUGUUUAUGACUCCUGGCAAGAAAAAAGUUAAAUUCAGAAAUGAACAUGUGUUUUUUGCUCUAUGCUAGGUCUAAGUUAAAUAGCCCAUUAAAACAUUUAAAAUGCCAUUGAGGGAAAGUUAGUGAUAAUAAAUGUAAUGAUGAUGCUACACUUUCUUCUAUCCAAGGUAUUUAUUAAAUGCAUUUUACAAUUUUUUUUUUAUCUCCCAUGUGAUUUUGACACUCAUGACAUAAACAAUUGUCAUGUUUUUUCUCUGUUUUGAAGAUUUUAAGAACAAAAUAGAUUUCACUUGUAAAUAAUGUACAACUAUGAAUAAAGUAUGUGAAUAAGUUGUGAGCUUUU